AUGGCUUCGCAACAUUCAUCAAAUCAGGCGUACGUCCUUGGCGUGGGCCUGACUCAAUUUCUCAAGCCACGGCGUACCCGGGAGUAUCCCGAGCUUGGAUACGAGGCCGGAGUCAAGGCAAUGAUCGAUGCUGAGAUUGAUUAUGACGAUGUGCAGACCGGGAUUGGCUGCUAUUGUUAUGGCGAUACAACAGCAUCUCAGCGCAUCUUUUACCAGUUCGGCAUGACGGGAAUCCCGAUAUACAACACCAACAAUGCCUGUGCUACAGGAUCAACCGGGCUCCACCUGGCUCGCAGAAUGAUACAAGGUGGUCUAGUUGACUGUAUACUGGUGAUCGGAUUUGAGCAAAUGCGUCCAGGGUCCAUCAAGAGUGUCUGGGAUGAUCGCCCUAGUCCCUUGGGGCCCUCGACAACGAUGAUGGAGGACACAUACGGGAAGCACAAUGCGCCACGAAAUGCGCAGUAUUUUGGAAAUGCCGGGCAAGAGUACAUGGACAAAUUCGGUGCCACGGCGAAGGAUUAUGCCGAAAUAGCGCGAAUCUCUCACGAGCAUUCUCAACGCAACCCUUAUGCCCAGUUUCGCACACCCUACUCUCUGGAUGAGAUUCUCAAUUCAACUCCAGUGUAUGGACCUCUGACCAAGCUCCAGUGCUCGCCAACCAGUGAUGGAGCAGGCGCUGCGGUAAUUGUUUCACAGUGCUUCCUAGAUGCUCGCCCCGAUCUCAAAUCCCAGGCAAUCCUUAUAGCAGGUCAGCAGCUGAUGACCGAUGGACCUGAAGUAUAUUCCCGAAGUGCAAUUGAUCUUGUCGGAAUCGAUAUGUCAAGAGAAGCAGCUCGCCUCGCCAUGAAGGAAGCUCAAGUUGAAGCUAAGGAUAUUAAAGUAUGCGAGCUUCAUGACUGCUUUUCCACCAAUGAGCUACUGCUUCUAGAUGCAUUGGAAUUCUCAGAGCCAGGCAAGGCCCAUGAGAUGGUUCGUCGAGGUGAUAUUACCUAUGGCGGUCGUGGCCCGGUUAUAAAUCCUUCGGGAGGGUUAAUCUCCAAGGGACAUCCCCUUGGGGCAACUGGGCUUGCCCAAUGUGCGGAGCUUACUUGGCAGCUUCGUGGCUGGGCAAAUAACCGCCUUGUUCAAAAUUCAGACGUGGCUUUGCAGCAUAACUUAGGACUUGGAGGUGCAGUCGUUGUCACUAUCUACAGGAGAGCAGAUGGGCAACCAAACCACGUAGUGUCUAAUGAUGAUGUGGAAAAGGUUUCUGGGCUGGGAUAUAAUCCUGCUGUUGAGGCUCGUUAUAUCACUCCAGAGGAUGGGGAACGUGUUCGCAGCAAGACAAAGCGCCAGGACUAUGUUUUACAGGAUACUGCCGGAAAGCUUCGAGCUCGUAUGUAA